AUGGCGGCGCUCUUCCACCAGGGCGGCCGGACGGCGGUCGUGCCGGACGCGGCGCGCCUCGGCGGGGCCGCGGCCGCGGUCGUCGACGCGCUGCGCGACCGCGCCGCGGCCGUGAUCACGGAGCACCUCGGCGCGCGGGGCCUCGUCGCCGCGGGCGCGCUGCUGACGCGGCUCUCGGCGGCGCCGGCGGACGACGCGCUCGAGCUCGACGCGGGCCACGCGUACUGGGAGCCCCACGUCGACCGGGACAACGUCGCCGCCUACGCCUACUCGGCCCUCGUCUACCUCGGCGACCAGGGCGCCGACUUUGCGGGCGGCACGCUCGAGUUCCUCGACGGCGACGGCGCGCGCGCGGUGCGGCCGCGCCGCGGGCUCCUCGUCGCCUUCUCCUCGGGCGCCGAGAACGCGCACCGCGUCUCCCGCGUCACGGCCGGCGACCGCUUCUCCCUCGCGUUCUGUUCUCCGUACGACGCCAUGGCCGUCACCGCCGCGCAGCAGCGCGCGCUCGCCGUCGGCCUCUGCGCCGCGUCCGCCCUGCUCCUCGCCGUCUUCGGGCUGCGCUACCAGGGCGCCGUCUACGACGUCGACGCCGCGACGACCUUCGCAACAACCUCGCCGAGCGCCUGCGACUUCCUCACCUGCGAGGCGAGCGGCUGCGACAAGGCUUUGAACCCCCACUACUGCGUCGACAACGGCGGCUGCUCCCCGACGCCCUGGCGCCCGGAGGACUGCGCGGAAUCGUGCUCGCUGGCGGACUGCGCGGCGCGGGAUCCGGACGGCGCGGACUCGUGCGCCGGCGUCGACUGCCCGAACGCGCGCUGCGAGGCGGCCCUGGGGCUCUGCGGCGACGACGCGCCCUUCCAGUGCCUCGAGGGGUCCGCGCGCUUCGGCUGCUCCGGCGACGCCUACGGCUGGGCGUCCGUCGCGGACACGCUCUGCUCGUCCUGCUGCGACGCGCGCACCUGCGCCCCGCCCCGGCCCCACGUCGUCGGCGGCGACCGCGACGGCCACGGCUGCAUCGCGAGCGCGGGCUACUCCUGGUGCAAGCCCCUCGACAAGUGCGUCCGCUCCUGGAAGACGCCGUGCCCGGACGCGUGA